CGAAAAGAUGCCGCCGCCGGCCCCACCCACACCUGCCCCCAUCCCGAGUCGCGAGUGACCACCGACGGAGCAGACGGAGCAGUCGAGCAGAGCAUACAGCGGGCGUAGGAAACAUGCCGCCGCCGCCGCCGGAGGGGAAGCGGCAGAAGCUAUCGGGGGCGGAGUCCCGGGAGCGGACGCUGCGCUUCUUCCAAGGCCUGGGUGCGGACGUGCCCCUCCCGGCCUCCGCUGAGCGCUCCGACGCCUACUCCGCCCUCGUCCGCGCCCUCCUCUCCCCCGCCGCCGUCUCCGCAUCGCGCGUCUCCUGCACCCUCACCAUCUCCCCCGCCGUGGCGAACCAGUACAACACGCUCCACGGCGGCGCUGUGGCGGCCGUUGCGGAGGCCGUCGGGAUGGCGUGCGCGCGCGCGGCGGCCGGGGACAAGGAGAUGUUCCUCGGUGAGCUCAGCACCGCGUACCUCGCAGCCGCGCGCCUGAAUGGCGGCCUGGCGACCGCAGCCGCCAACUACCCCCGCGCCGCCGGACUGCCGGAGCAGCAAGCAACUCAAGCGGGCGAAAGGAUGCAGCCGCCGCCGGAGGGGGAGCCGCAGCGGCUGUCGCCGGCGGAGUCCCGGGCGCGUACGCUGGCCUUCUUCCGCGCCCUGGGCGCGGACGCGCGCCUCCCGGCCUCGGCCGAGCUCCCCGACGCCUACUCCGCGCUCGUCCAUGCCAUUCUCUCCUCCGCCGCCGUCUCGGCCUCCCCGGCCCCGCGCGUCUCCUGCACCCUCACCGUCUCCCCCGCCGUGACGAACGCGUACAACACGCUCCACGGUGGCGCGGUGGCGGCCGUCUCGGAGGCCGUCGGGAUGGCGUGCGCGCGCGCCGCGACCGGGGAUAAGGAGAUGUUCCUCGGCGAGCUCAGCACCGCGUACCUUGCCGCCGCACGCCUCGAUUCUGAAGUGGAUGUUGAAGCGCAGAUACUAAGGAAGGGCAGAUCGGUCGUAGUUACUACAAUCGAGUUCAGGCUCAAGGACACCAAGAAGCUCUGCUACACAUCUCGAGCCACCUUUUACAUCAUGCCUGUGGCAAGCCUAUGAAUGAUCUAGUUGCGUAUGGACAGUGUGUUCUAUUUGCAGCACCAGAGUUGUAUUGCGUACAUUUCACUUGGAUAACAUAUAUCUGUUGUUUCCCUGACGAAAUAAAUCAUAUGGGCCCAUCCUGUUGUAAUGGUUUAAAUCCUCCUAUACAUGCCAACAGUUGCAGCGAAAAAGAAGAAAAGACCGUUGUGUUCUGAUUUUCUUACGGAA